AAGUCAUUGCAGCUCUCUUAGUUUUAAGACUGCUCUUUUCAGAGGGAGGACUCUCCAGCCGCUACAUAAAACACCUACGCCCAGAGAUCCGCACGCGCAUACAGUACCUCCUAACACACACUCCUUCUGAACCUUGUGGAGGACCUUCAUCCUAAAACCUAUACACAGUGAGCCCAGAGCGUGGUGGUGUCCAGACAUCAAGAUGGCAGCACAGGGAGCCCCAGGCAUGGCCAACAAAGGUCCAUCCUACGGACUGAGUCGCCAGGUGCAAGACAAGAUCGAUAAGAAGUAUGACCCCGAUCUUGAGCAGCGUCUGGUGGAGUGGAUUAUGGCCCAGUGCGGUUCUGGUGUGGGGAAGCCUGCAGAAGGAAAGCAUGGCUUCCAGGAUUGGCUGAAAGAUGGAUGCGUCCUGAGCGAGCUCAUCAACAGUCUCCAUGAUGUAGACAAGCCUGUAAAAAAGAUCCAAAGUUCACCAAUGGCCUUCAAACAGAUGGAGCAGGUGUCUCAGUUCCUUAAUGCCGCAGAGGCAUAUGGCGUCACCAAAACCGACAUGUUUCAGACUGUCGAUCUCUGGGAGGGAAAAGACUUGGCUGCAGUGCAACGAACACUGAUGGCUCUUGGCAGCAUUGCAGUCACAAAGGAUGAUGGGACUUUCCGUGGUAAUCCUGACUGGUUCUUCAAGAAAGCUCAGGAGAACCGGAGGGACUUUUCUGAUGACCAGCUAAAAUCGGGGAAGAGUGUUAUCGGCCUGCAGAUGGGCUCCAACAAAGGGGCAUCCCAAGCUGGCAUGACAGGCUAUGGUAGACCCAGGCAGAUCCUAAACCCUUAAAUCCACUAAUUUCCAACCCCCAUCCAUUCAAUUCCCCUUCCCACUCUAAACAUGUCGCCAAAGUCUUAAAUCUACCACACCGACCGUAUACAGACAGCAUAAGGAGAUAAACAUAUACACACUCAUGCACUCCUACAGUAACCAAUCAACAUAUUGUAAAUCUUGGACAAAGAGUAAUGAGUUGCUGAAAAUGUUGAACGAAUUCCCAAAUACAGCAGAUGAACGAUGUAAAUUUGUUAACGUUUGGCUCUCGUGCCGAUGUUUUAAAAUGUUACAGUAGUAUCAAUGUAAUAAAAGAGGUAGCUGACUAACAAAAGAUUUUAAUCAUUUGGAUGUCUGUGAUAACACUUUUAUUUUAGCAAACCUGUACUUCUAUGGUCAAAGUUCUAUGCAAAUAAAGGUAUGCUAAAACAA